AGUUAGAAGAGGUCACGAGGGUCUCCUCCUCCCAGGUACCUGAUGCGGGGGAGCCGUGUAUAUCGGGUGCAGGAGCAAGGCGAGGCCAACAGAGGCUUGGAUCUGCAUCACCUCUGUUGAGGUCGGCAGGACGCCAGAGAGAAGCACAGCAUGCCAAGGAUGCCUGCUUUAUCUCCCCCUUUGCACGGGUCAGCACUAGAGGGUUAUAUUUGAGCUUGUUUGCAUUUCCACCCCAGCUCCUCCCUCUUCUUCUUCUUCCUCUUCGUGCAGCAUUUCCUCGCCAGCAGGCUUCCUGACACCCCACGGUCCCUCUUCCUUCCCUCCGCUUCCCUCCCUUCGUCUUCAUCUCUCUGUUCCUUCUGCGUUGCUCAUUCUCUGUCACCCUCUUCCACCCUCUUCCUCUCUCUCACUUCACAACAAUGGACGAAGUCAAGGUUGCUUCUCCCUACAGGGCCAAUCAGAAGCCCGAAGUAGACCUCCAUGAGUCACACUCAGACGACCUGGAGACUCAAGUCGGUGGAGGCAGCCACGACGCCAAGGUCUACGGCGAGACCGACGUCUUUGCCGCCUCUGGUCCCGGCCAAGUUGACUUCAAGGGUCUCACCUGGCCUCACGCAGGUGUCAUCAUUGCCAAGCUGCAAAUCGGAAUUGGACUCUUGGGUAUUCCAGGUACAUUUGCCUCCCUCGGCUUCGUCCCCGGACUCAUCUCCCUUACCAUCCUCUCCAUCUUCACCACCUAUGGAGGUAUCCUCUCGGGUCAUAUUCGUAUGCUUCACCCAGAGAUUCACUCUCCGACAGAGCUGGGAAGAAUCCUUUGCGGAGGCAAUGCGAUUGCAGCUGAGGUCUUUGGAUUCUUCUACUGGGUCCUCCUGGUCAUGGUUGCUGGAUCUGGGCUCCUCACCACCAGCAUUGCCCUCAAUGCCGUAUCCUUGCACGCUAUUUGCACCAUGGGCUGGGUAGGUGUAGCAGCCGCAGUGGCUCUCAUUGUUGGAACCAGUUGUCGCCAGUUGACAAAGGUAGCCUGGAUCGGCUGGAUCGGAAUCGCUUCCGUCGUCAUUUCCAUCUUCACUUUGGUCAUUGCCAUGCUCACGGAGACUUUCCCCCUCACCGAGUUUGGUCAAACUGGAAAAGUCGAGGUCUUGGCUGUAAACACAGAUGCGACAUUUGCAGAAGCCAUGUCAGCCAUUGUCACCCAGCUCUUUGCUCUCCUGGGUAACAUUGCCUUUUUCGGAGUCGCUGCCGAGAUGAGACGUCCCCAGGACUUCACCAGGGCGGUUCUUGCUGGUCAAGGAUUCAUCAUUGGAAUGUACUUUGUCAUUGGUAUCAUCGUCUACGCCAAAGCCGGUCAAUUCCUCACCUCGCCAGCUCUGGCAUCGGCUGGUGAACUCUUCAAGCGAAUCUGCUACGGUCUGGCCAUUCCUGCCGUUCUGAUCACCUCGAUCAUGUACACCCACAUGGCCGCCAAACUCAUCUUCGUCAGGGCUCUCCGUGGUACCCGUCAUUUGACCGCCGGAUCAACCGUGCAUUGGGGCACUUGGAUCAUGAGCAACAUCAGCUGUCUGGCCCUCUCCUUUAUCCUCGCCGCCUCCAUCCCCAUCUUCGACAGUCUCCUCUCCCUCAUCGGAGCCACCGUCGGAGCCCUCUUUGCCGUGAUGAUGGUAGGAUUCACAGCUCUUUACCUCAUCGCCCACGAGGAAGAGGCAAAUGCCGCAAUGCGAGGUGUGAAGAUGGACACUCCUUCCGAAGUCUCUCGCUCCUCGUGGUUGAAGCGCUCCUACACCUUCACGUGGAGUGACCCAACUUCGACCUGGAAGCGCAAGGGGACAUUCAUCUGGGCUAUCAUCCUCAUCGUCUGUGGACUUUUCCUACUGGGUGGUGGUACCUACGGAAGUGUAGAGGGAAUCAUUUCGGCUUAUGAUACGGGGAGCAUCACCAGCGCGUUUAGCUGCGAUGACAAUUCCGUCACGUCGGCCUAGACUGUUCUGAGAUGAAGUAGAGCAACAAAACGUUAUGCAAAAGCUGAAAAUCCGAAGGGUCAUAAAUAGGAAGAGGGGUGGUAGAGAGCCAGCUGCAAACACAUACACACACAGUCAGAGAAGUUGAGAAUGGACACGGUAUUGUAGUGAGAGGACCAGAAGGGGUAUCGCAUUACUAGACGCCACGACGGGUCUGUAGAUUCGGGUCGCAUGUCACUUGCUCCAUCAGAACAAUGUAUACUAUGAAAGCAUAU